AUGGCUACCCCUAGUGUCCUAGCUUUUGACGCUGAGGGUCGCGCCAUUGACUUUGAGGUCUGGGUCGACGACCUGCAGCUGUUCUUACAGUGCGAUAGGGCAGACGGUCGUUCUCUCUUUGACCUCACCUCUUGCGCCUCUCCUGCCCCUGCUGCUGAUGCUGACCCCACUGUUCGCUCCCAGUGGGCCACGCGCGAUGCUGCUGCACGUCUUGCUGUGCGUCGCCACCUCCCUACCUCUGAGCGUGCGCACUUUAGUCAGUACAAGAGUGCUCAGACCUUGUACGACGCUGUAGUUGCACGCUACUCCUCCCCUGCCACUGCUGCACUGAGCCGUCUCAUGCUACCGUACCUCUUCCCUGACCUUGCUGCCUUUCCCACAGUCGCUGACCUCAUUACGCACCUCCGCACUAGUGAUACUCGCUACCGCGCUGCGCUUCCUGCUGACUUCUGCGCCAAGAACCCCCCUCCCAUGUACAUCACUCUCUACUUCAUAGUCACUCGUCUCCCUGACUCCCUUCGUGUAGUCAGGGACCACUUCCUCUUGGUCUGUCCCACCACACUCACUGUAGACCUCCUCGAGAAGGGUGUUCUCCUUCCCCCCUUUUGCCCUCUGUCGCCUGUGCCGCUGCGGCCGACCUCGUUGGUCUUGAGUCGGUCGGUGCGGCGUCUGCCCCUAGCGGGAGACGCCGCCCUGGCAAGGGCAAGGAGGGCAAGGGCGCGGGUGGAGCUAGCGGGGGCGGUGGAGGUGGAGGUGGAGGCGGCGGAGAGAGUGGGGGUGGCGGUGGAAGUGGUGGCGGGGGUGGAGGUGUCGGUGGCAGCAGUGGAGGUGGAGGCGGCGGAGGCGGCGGCGGUACUGGCGGAGUUCAAUCGCAAUUCGCGCAUGUCCUAA